ACUACUGAAAAUCAUAGCCCUUUCCAAUCUCUCUCUCUCUCUCUCUCUCUCUCUCUCUCUCUCUCUCCUGUGAGCUCCCAAUCGCUUAUUACUUCAAAAAUGGAGAAGGUGGCGAUCGAAACGCCUCACAAGGAGAAGAACCUAGUUGAAUCAGAAAAUGCCCUUCCAGAGUUCAAAACACCUCAGAAUCAACAAAUUUCGAAUCAGAAGUCAGAUGAUUCCUGCAAAACGGGAACCCCUGCCCGCCUAACUCUCUCUGCUGUGAAUUCCCCUUCCCUCAUUACGUCAAAAAUGGAGAAGGUGGCGAUAGAAGCGCCUCACAAGGACGAUGGAGCUCAGUCAGAAAACACCCUGUUGGAGUUGAAAACACCACCAACUCAGAAUCAACAAAUUUUGGAUCAGAAAUCACACAAUUCCAGCAAUGAUCUUCGCAAAACAGGGUCCCCUGUCCGCCUAAGUGUCCCCAAAGCAUUCAAAUAUCCCGAAAGUUAUACAAGCCCAACUGAUCUGAUGAUGUCUCCCAUCUCGAAAGGGCUUCUCGCCAGAAGAAGGAAGGGCAGCCUGCUCUUACCCCCUUCCAAAAAUCAACCUAAGGUACUGUUACUGUCAUAUGCCCUCGUAUAUUUUCACUAUCCCUGCAACUUUUUGGAGCAGGGAUUUCUUGGGAUGUUGUAAAACUUAUGAACAAUUGUUGCUUUGCUGCAACCGCAGAUUCUGGAGUCGCGCCUUCAGGAUGUAGGGCUCUUUUGAGUUGAUCGAGUCUACAACAUAGUCCUAAUGUGCUGGUGGGUAGUUUAAAUUAAUCAGUUGGAUUCUUGAGCUUGUUAGAAUUUUGUCUGUAGUUCUGUACUAUUCAGCAUAUGGAUCAGCGUUCCAUUGUAUAAACAUGGGUAGGGGGGUUGGAAUUUGUCAAGCUUAAAUUAAUGGAAGUUCUUCUAUCGUUUAGGGCUUUUCUGUAAUGGCAAUGGUUUUGGUUCGUCCAA